UUGCAGCCUCUUUCCGAUAGUUCACUUGGAGCCGAAAUGACCGAAGCACCAUAACAACAACAAUUAUCAGCUGUUUAAAGGCAAGGAUUAUGGCAACGUGACCUCUUCUCGAAAAACCCUCCUAAUUUGACUCAUUUAAAGGCUCAGAGGGGGAGAUACAAUGACAACAACUGCCUUCACACUGCCACCCCCAAGAAGGAAAGCAAGGGUUAAACAGGUACCCGGCGCGCCCCUGCCCUUGCCAUCAGCCUUGCCACACGCCCCCUGCACCCACUACGAGGCCACCUACUGCCAAGGGAGCAUCACGAUUCGGGACCCCAGCCAGGCAGAGGCGCUGUGGCAAAAUGGUUGUUUUGGACACGGAGCAGUGAUGGGUGGAAGAGGAGGACCAAAAGGGCAGAAGAAGUGGAGGCUGGUGGAGGCAGAGGGGUUGAAGAGCCCUAAGUGGUUCAAGGAGACUAGGACAGAGCAGAGAGGAGUGGAGGGAGGUGUGGAGAGAGAGGUGGAAGAGAAUGAGAUGGAGGUGGAUUUGAGUGAAGAGAAAGAGAAGGAGGUGGAGGAGGAGGAGGAGGAGGAUAUGAAAGAGGAGAAGAGAAAGGGAUUAGAAAUUAUGGAAGUGAAGGAAAAUGUAGAUAAAGAAGAGAAAAAUGAAGAAACAGAGGAAGUAAAAGUGAAAGAAGAUAAGGAAGAAGAUGAGGAGGAGGAGGAGAAGAAAGAAGAAGAGAAUGAAAUGGAGGAGGAGGAGAAAGGAGAAGAGAAUGAAAUGGAAGAAGAAACACAAGAUAUGGAAACAAAAGCGAGCGUAGACACAGAAAAAGACGACAGAUUAACACCAAACAAAGAGGAGGAGGAGAAAGAAAAGGACGAUGAAACAGAAAAAACACACAAAGAUAAAACAAAGACACCAAACACAGGAGAACACGAGAGAUUGCCGACAGACCAAGAAAAGAAGAAAGAAGACAAAGAAAACACACCGGAACCCAAAGAGGAACUAGGAGAGAGCGAAGAGGAGGAAACAAAUAGCGACCCUGAACUUACAGAGCCAUGGAAAACAAUAUUGGUACUAUCUCCUGACCAAAAAGGCUACAGAGGCAAACAUAAUAGAGACACCUGCCUCUCACUACUCCCAGAAGAGGCCCUGUUCCUCUCCUAUGCCCUCGGAUGCCUCGUUCUCACUCACGAAGAGGUGGAUGAGAGUUGUAAGGGCCGGAAGAGAGCGCUGGACGAACCGACCUCCCAUGAAAUGACUAUCGAUGAAAUGUGGAGGGUUUUCAGUCAACAAGAUGCAAGUUUCCCAGUGAAAUAUGCAGUUUAUCACCACUACCGCACGCUGGGGUGGGUGGUGAAGGCUGGUUUGAAGUAUGGGGUGGACUAUGUGCUGUAUCCAGUGGGGCCAGCUUUCUACCAUUCCCAGUAUGCAGUGAGGGUGUACAGUGUGUGGGCUGACACUCUCACUCUCGACACUACUGUACCAGGCCACACCUCCUCCUGGACCACCACCGCCACCACCGAACGCCUUGCCAACCAUGUCAAUAAGACACCCAUAAUAUGCUUCGUGGUGCGUCCCAGGGCCCUCACACAGUCUCGCUUGGGCUUGAUUGACUGCCUGAAGGAACUGAAGGUGCAGGAAAUGAUGCUGACAAGGUGGAGCCCGGCUAAUGGCAUUGUAUGAGGUGGUGGUGGUGGUGGUGAUGGUUUGUCUCUCUCUCUCUCUCUCUCUCUACUCCUUCACAUCAUCAUAUCUCUCUCUCUCUCUCCCUGUCUCUCACUUCCCCUUCUUCUUCUCCUCCUCUUUCAAAUCAUUAUCAUCUCUCUCUCCUCCUCCUCCUCCUCCUCCUCCUCCUCCUCCUCCUCCUCCUUGUCCUGCAUUCACAUCAGUCAUCAGUUAUCAUGAGAAUCACAUCAGAUUUAUAUUAUGUAAGCAUUAAUGUAUAAAAAAAAGCUUGUUUAUCUAAAGUCCUUCCUUCCUUUUGUUUUGUUAACCUCCUUCUAGAAUGUUUAUGUUGAAGAUGGUGAAUAAACUGAAUAAAUAAAGUA